GAAAAAGAGACAAACUUUGACGAUCGAAACGCAAACUGUAUUUCCCCCAGCAGUAUAUCUCUUCACGGAUCAUCGCCGUCGUCAUCAUUGUCAUCCGUUUUAUGAAAAGAAACCAACAAAAAUCUCUCUCUUUGCCUAAAUUUCGCUUUUGUCGCCUUCUUAUCUGCUUGGAGGAAAGCAACAGACCAUAAAAGAACCCAUCUUUCCCCCCCUUGAUUUCCUCAACCGCCUAUCUUUUUCUCUCUCUGAUAUCCGAUACAGUAGCGGAAACCGCAGGAAUUUUCAAUUUUGCGAAGUGGGUUUUGAUCCUUUUGGCGUUUCUGUUGGUUUCGUUGUGGGUUUCUGUCAGAAUUCUCUGGAAAAUGGGUUCUUCGGUGGAGCAGAACAUUUUGGUUACCGGAGGUGCCGGAUUCAUCGGUACGCACACUGUUGUUCAGCUUCUGAAUGAGGGUUUUAGGGUUUCGAUCAUCGACAACCUCGAUAACUCUGUCGUGGAAGCUGUCGAUAGGGUUAGGGAGCUUGUUGAUCCUGAUCUCUCUAACAAGCUCGAGUUCAAUGUCGCAUGCUCUGUUCUUCGGCUCAGCUGGAACUUACAAAACAGAGAAGGUGAUCUAAGGAACAAAGGGGAUAUCGAGAAACUCUUCUCCAGACAGAAAUUUGACGCUGUGAUCCAUUUUGCGGGUCUUAAGGCCGUGGGAGAGAGCGUCGCAAACCCUCGUCGCUACUUUGACAAUAACUUGAUUGGAACAAUCAACCUAUACGAAACCAUGGCAAAAUACAACUGCAAAAUGAUGGUGUUUUCAUCAUCUGCAACUGUCUAUGGCCAACCUGAAAAAAUCCCCUGCAUGGAAGACUUUGAUUUGAAGGCUAUGAACCCCUAUGGUCGAACUAAGCUAUUUCUCGAAGAAAUAGCUAGAGAUAUUCAAAAGGCGGAACCGGAAUGGAGGAUUAUCCUUUUGAGGUACUUCAAUCCGGUUGGAGCUCAUGAGAGUGGCAGAAUCGGGGAGGAUCCAAAGGGUAUUCCCAAUAAUCUCAUGCCUUACAUCCAACAAGUAGCAGUUGGACGAUUACCUGAACUGAAUGUCUAUGGACACGACUAUCCUACCGGGGAUGGCAGUGCGGUCAGAGAUUACAUCCAUGUAAUGGACUUGGCAGAUGGCCACAUUGCAGCAGUGAGGAAGCUAUUUGCAGAUCCAAAGAUCGGCUGUACGGCUUAUAAUCUUGGGACUGGACGAGGAACUUCUGUCUUAGAAAUGGUUUCUGCUUUCGAGAAAGCCUCUGGAAAGAAAAUCCCUAUCAAGCUUUGCCCAAGAAGGCCGGGAGAUGCAACGGCUGUUUAUGCUUCAACAGAGAAAGCCGAGAAAGAACUCGGCUGGAAGGCAAAAUAUGGGGUGGAGGAAAUGUGCAGAGACCAGUGGAAGUGGGCAAGCAACAAUCCAUGGGGUUACCAGAAAAAACCUUGAAUUUCUACUUUCUUUUCCUGUCAAUGGAAAGGGGUUUCUCCAUUUUCAAAAAUAAACACUACAUUAUCUUCAUUAAUUUAAAAUGCACCUUCAAAAUAAAUUGUACUUUUUCAUGCCAUCUAUUUUUGUUUUUGAA